AUGGCACGCGACAAGUUUGCUCGACAGAGCCUCAGCGGCACCCUUCACCAGCGCAUCAAGGAGGCACGCGUCCUGAUGGUAGGCGCUGGUGGCAUCGGCUGCGAAUUACUCAAAAACUUAGUCCUCACCAGUUUUGGCGAAGUUCACGUCGUAGACCUGGACACCAUCGACCUCAGCAACCUCAAUCGCCAGUUUCUGUUUCGCAAUGAGCACAUCAAGAAGUCAAAGGCAUUGGUUGCGAAAGAGUCGGCUGGCAGAUUCAACCCCAAUGUCCGCAUCAUAGCCUAUCACGACAACAUCAAGGAUACUCAAUUCAAUGUCGCGUGGUUCCAGAGCUUCAGCAUCGUCUUCAAUGCGCUGGACAAUCUAGAUGCGCGGCGGCACGUCAACAAAAUGUGCCUGGCAGCCAAUGUCCCGCUGAUUGAGAGCGGCACAACUGGGUUCAAUGGACAGGUCCAGGUCAUCAAGAGAGGCGAAACCGAAUGCUACGACUGCACCCCGAAAGAUGCGCCCAAGACCUUCCCCGUCUGCACGAUUCGAAGCACACCGUCACAACCCAUCCACUGUAUAGUAUGGGGAAAGUCUUAUCUGUUUGCCGAAAUAUUUGGCACAUCAGAAGACGAAGCGCCAGAACUAGACCACAGCGAAACCGCCGACAACGCAACCGAGGUCGCAAACUUGCGCAAGGAAGCACAGGCGCUGAAGCGCAUACGCGACUCUAUGGGUUCCAAGGAUUUCCCGCGCUUGGUCUUCGACAAAGUCUUCAAGGAAGACAUCGAGCGGUUGCGGAGCAUGGAGGACAUGUGGAAGACGAAGCGAGCACCCGAAGCACUAGACUACGAUACGCUCAUGCAAGAGUCAUUAGGCGUGGGUCCUAUUAUCGCACAGCAAGACCAAGUCGUAUGGAACGUGGCAGAAAACUUUGCCGUUUUUGUCGACAGCAUAAAGCGCCUCAGUACUCGGCUGGAAGAGACGCGCGCAAAUGCAGACGUUGGAAAUUCGGUGCCUAUUCUUAGCUUCGACAAGGACGAUGUGGACACACUGGACUUUGUUGUCGCAAGCGCAAACCUACGCUCACAUAUUUUCGGUAUCGAAUUGCGGUCCAAGUUCGACAUCAAGCAAAUGGCCGGCAACAUCAUCCCAGCUAUCGCAACUACCAACGCCAUGACGGCCGGUCUCUGCGUUCUCCAAGCAUUCAAGGUUAUGCGUGAACAGCUUGAUAGGGCGAAAAUGGUCUUCCUCACCCGAGGCACUGAGCGCGUCAUCUCAAGCGAGUCCCUCCGUCCGCCAAAUCCUCACUGUACAACAUGCGGCGUAUGCUACGCAGAACUCCACGUGGACACGAAACGCGCGAAGCUGAGCGAUCUUAUGGAUACCAUCCUCAAGGGGCAGCUCGGAUAUGGAGAGGACUUUAGCAUCAAGCGUGAGGCCGAUAUUCUCUACGAUGUCGACGAAGACGUUCACCUUGACAAGACAUUCGAGGAGCUAGGGCUCAAGGGUGACACUUUUCUCACAAUCUCCGACGAGGCUGAUGAGAAUGCAAAAGUCGACGUUGUGUUUUCUGUUAUCCAGCAAGUGUUCACUGAGAAUGCCAAUCCUCUCAGACUACCAGGCGAGGUGAAGAUCGCGACGAAGCCUAACACGCCAAGCCCAGAGACUAAUGGCCAUGCGACCAUAAACGGCACUCUUCCCCAUGGGCGUUCCAAGGCCACUACAAAUGGGACAGCAAACGGUCCUAUAAAGCGCACAGCCAGCGAAGCAGGUCUCGAGGAUGACCUUGUGCGCAAAAAGGGCAAGGUCAUCGAAGAGGCACAGAAAAAAGGCGACGACCACAUUGUCAUUCAAGAUGACAAAGACGACGGAGCGAUUGUCAUUGACGAUGAUUGA